AUCUUCAGCCACUUCCGAUGUUCCGGUCCGGUUUGGUCGCGUGGAAUGAUCGUUUAAGGAACCGGGCCGUGAUGUCUGCGACCCAUUUCCGGUCCGAUUGUUCUGGUAGUCAAAUUCCAAGCGAGGACCGUUCCAUUCACUCUGGGAACAUCGAGGAGGUUCAUGACGUCCCAAUACACGUCAUCAUCCGGCCGAUACCGCCGGUUCUGGAUGAGCAGAAGGUCCAGAGUCUGGUAGAGACCAUCCAGCAGACUCCAGGCACCACUGUGGUUCCACCCAUCGACGUUCUCUGGGUCAAAGGUCGGGAGGGUGGGGAUUAUUUCUACUCGUUCGGUGGCUGCCAUCGCUUCGCUGCGUACCAGAGGCUCAACGUGAAAACAGUCCCAGCAAAAAUCAUCAGGUCCAGCUUGUCAGACUUGCGCACGUACCUUGGAGCGUCUACACCUGACCUCUGCUGACCCCUGGACCUCAGUUGAAAUAUUCUUCUGAAGAAAGCCUUUAAAGUCUGGACUUUUUUAGGAUAAACCUGAAAAAAAAAACUGUGCAAUCAAAAAGAAUAGAACACAAAUAUCUAAAUGGUACGCGUAUGAUUUGCAUGACAGAUGAUGGUCCCACUUUUUGACAUGCUUUUUCCUCCAUGUUACAAUUAUGGCAUGAAAGUCUGUCAAUAAAUGU